AGGAGAUGGUCAGAGACUGCGGACAUACUACAGGAGAUGGUCAGAGACUGUGGACAUACUACAGGAGAUGGCCACAGACUGCAGACAUGAUACAGGAGAUGGUCAGAGACUGCAAAUAUGGUACAGGAGAUGGUUAGAGGCUGUGAACAUGCUGCAGGAGACUGUGAGCAUGCUCUAGGAGUUGUUUCAGAUUGGGGACAUGCUUAAGGAGACAGUAAUAGACCGGAGACAUAUUAUAUGAGACUGCUAGACA